AUGAAAGCAGCGUUAUCAUUACCUCAGCUAUCACCAUCAUUAUCUACGUUGUCACUCUCAUCAUCAAUUGUGAUAGUCGAUGUACCAUCUAUAGCGUACAAUCGGAAAGGAGUAUCAAUUCAUUGCACUGCUAAUUUUACUAUAAAUUAUCCCCGGAAACAUUCAGAAUUCAGCGUUCCCACUGAUAAUAACAACAAUUUGAAGUCAUCGCUAUAUGGUUGUGAAUAUUUUAACUUGUUGAAAUUGUUAUUCUUAUUAAUUAUAUUGUUAGUGGAAGGAUCAAAUGCUAUAUUGCUUUCUGGAGCACCUGGUUCAUAUGCAAGGUAUCCCAAAUGGGUGCAAACAUUUGAAAAUCAUUUAUCGUUGGAUUUUCGAACGAAACAAAGCAAUGCAUUAUUGUUAUACACCGAUGAUGGUGGAGUUCAAGGAAAUUUUUAUUGUCUUACAAUUGCUAACAAAAAAUUGCAAUUGGAUUUUAGAUUAGGAGAUGAAACAAAUUAUUUAUCAUUAGAAAGAUCGGUCAUUACCAUGCGACUGAAUGAUGUUGAAGUGAGUGAUUAUCGAUGGCAUCGACUAACUUUAUUUCAGGCCUGGGAAAAUGUAAAAUUACAGCUGGAUGAUACGGUCCUCUUCAAAACUCUCAGUCAACAUAAUUUUGGUUUUGGUGAUUUGAAAACAAACUCUGACAUGUUUAUUGGUGGUGUUCCGAAGGAUACUUACGUGCUUGGUGUAAUAAGUUCACCAUUAAAGCGACAUACAAUUUCGUUUGCCGGCGAAAUAAAAAAUUUACUCUACAAGCUUUAUCCACAAGGUGUCACAUCACCGCAACUAAUCGAAAGUGUUGGCAUGAGACAAUCAGAUGAUGAUUAUUGUAAACCAACAAAUAUUAGUGGUAAAAAUGUUUACUUCUGUCAAAAUGGCGGUAUUUGCUAUAGCACAGACGAAGGACCGAAAUGUGAUUGUUCAUUUACCGAUUUCCGCGGGAGUCGUUGUGAACAAACUCGAUUUGAUUCUAAUUUAUCAUUCAAUGGUGAAGAAUUGAUCGGUUAUGAUGUUAGCAAUAAUUCGGCCGGAAUUAUACGUUUUCGAUCGGAAAAUAUUACACUGUCUUUCAAAACAACGCAUGAACGAGCUAUAUUAUAUGUCGGUGGUGAUCAUCUGAAUUAUGUUUACAUCACUCUAGACGGCGGUGCAGUUAUUGCAGCAACAAAAUUUGAUGGUACCGAAAAACGGUUGAUACGAAUUUUCAAUGAUUAUCCAACAGGUCGAUAUAAUGAUGAUCGCUGGCAUACAGUUACUGUUUUUAGGACUCUAACAUUGAUGAUUUUGAGUGUCGACGAUCUGAAAGAUGAAAUUCGUCAACAUGUUCCAGAAAUUGAUUGGCUUGUUAAUACAUUUGCUUAUUUGGGUGGUAUGCCGAAGGAUAAGAAUAUCCCGGAAAUUAAAAUGGAAAAUUUCCGAGGUUGCAUGAAAAAGAUCAAAUAUGAAGCUGAUGCUCAUUUGAUUAAUUUUAUAACAUUAGCCGAUCAAGGAUACGGACAAUCAAUUAUACGAUCAGCCGGCGAUUUAACAUUUUCUUGCAAUAAACCAGCAAUACAUGCAGAUGUAUUUUCAUUCAACACUGGCCAACAUUACAUUACUUUACCAAAAUGGAAUUCGGUGGCCAGCGGCAGUUUGAGCUUUCAGCUACGAACACAAGAACUUGAUGGUCUCAUUCUCUAUCACGGAUCAUUACCGACCGCAAAAACGGGGCAUGAUUAUUUUGCUUUUGAGUUAAUUGAUGGUCAUUUGUUUAUGAUUAUUAAUCUGGGAUCAGGACAUGUUAGAUUACAGACAACAGCAGAAAAAAUAACAGAUGGGGCGGUAUGGCAUAGCGUAACGCUUGAACGGUUGGGACGAACGGGUACAGUGAUUGUUGAUAAUAUUAAAACCGAUUUUUCAACACCUGGUGUGUCUGCGAAUUUAAUCAUCGAAGAACCGAUCUAUUUGGGAGCUGUUCCAUGGCCAGUGAAUGAAUCGGAUAUUGUUGAUUUUGAUGUACCUUAUCCGGUUUGGACAGCAAAUUUACGAAAGGGAUAUAUUGGUUGCUUGAAAGGCAUUCGAAUGAACGGUAUCAGCCCAAAUAUUGCAAGCAUUUUUGAGGAACAACAAAAAGACAUUAAACAAGGAAUUAGUCGUGGUUGCUCAACAGAUGUGAAUCAGGAUUUUUGCGCCUUAUCACCGUGCAAAAAUUUUGGGCGGUGUGAGAACGGUUACAACAGUUUCCGUUGUGAUUGUUCAGUAUCAGCUCUGGAAGGUCCACUUUGUGAUAAAG